AUGAGAGAAGCUCCAAUCCCAUCUCACUCCCACCCUGACAGCUGGCAUCGGGUACAAAUUGGCUGUUUUCAUCGCAAUCAGCCCCAUCUGCUUUGGAACACCACUCAAGGGUUAGAACAACAGCAGGCUUCAGAACAUACAAGUCCCGACCAGAACUGGGCGGAUAGAUACUACAAAGGCUACAACUACGCCUUCAAGAGACCAACUGCUCUUCUCAAGCAGUACCCCAACCUGUUCAACAUGAACACCCAAGCACACGCCCGGCUGGAACAACAAACACCAGCCCAGACCGCCACGCCCGAGCCAGAGUCGGGAGAUCCUCGCGAGUUUCGCCGUUGGGAGAGGCAGGCCAUCCCCUCUGAGCCAUUCCCAGAAUUCACCGAGCCCCUACUGGCUUCCGACGAGCUGAUCAACGAAGCUCUUGAGAUGCGCUCUUGUCGAUCGUCUGGUGGUGAUGCUGAAGCCAGCAAGCGAGUCGAUGCCGCCAUGCUUUGCCAAUCCGGCCUUUUGGAGAAGCUUCCUGAGUUCCUGGGCCAGCUUGCUCGCGUCGAUCUUGAUCUCCAGACCAGACUUGCCAGCAACCCAGAGUCUGAUCCAGUCGGUGACAAUGUAGAAAUCACCGAGAAGCCGACUUCGGAGCUGGAAGUCCUCACUGAGCUCACAGAGACACAAGCCCGCCGUCAUGGUCGGCGUGUUAUUUUGCCCGGUGGUCGCCCGUUCAAGCUUCCCGGGGAAGAGAUCGAAGACGGCCGCAGUGCCGGCAAGGCUGGCGGUGCUGAGAGCUGCACUGUUGUUUCCGAUUCCCAGGACCCCUACGGCAGCGGUGACGAGACGGAUGCCUCGACCUCCACCACGGCGAGCCUCCGUGUUAAGCGUAAGCGCAGAAUGGACACCGUCUCGGACGAGGAUUUCCAGCCCAACAAGAUCCGCAUUCAAUACACCGCGCCGCCCACCAACCUCGCUCGCCAGUACAAGGAGAUGUUGGCGGAGCAUGCUCGCCAGAAUCCCGAUGGCUCUUCUAGCGACGCCUUAGCGGACCUUGAGUUUAAGAUGCCAACUCCGGAGCGGUCGCCGAGUGUGGCGAGUUUGACAAGCAUCCAGGUCAUCAAGAUCAAGAUACCCGAGGGUUGGUCGACCCCGGAGAGCUCCCGGUCAGGGACUCCCACUGAACCUUCGCCGCCAAAGGUCAUUGUUCUCGUGAACCCUCGCUCGUGUUCACCAUCUCCGGCUGUCGCUUCUGCGACGCCUUCCCGAAUCACCAAGAUCAAGGUUGUCAACUCACGUGGCAACCCUCCAACUGGCUCUGUCAAACGUUCGGCCUCACCCACCAAGAUCACCAAAAUUAAGGUGACCAAUUUUCGCCCGACCACCCCUGUCGACUCUGCCAGUCGCUCAACGACACCAAACCGGGUGCCGCGUAUCAAGGUCAUCAACCGGAAGCUCUCCCCCGAAGCCCUAGAGAAGGCCUUCGAGGUAGCGCAGGAGAGGUCGGUCAGUCCCGAGAGCAGCGGCGUGCCUUCGCCCUCGGGAAGCACUUCCAGCAGCAACCUCGAGAUUGCUCGCUCGUCCUCGUCUUGCUCCAACACUUCGCUCGACUCGACCUGGUCUGCCACUUCGAAGACCACGCGGAUCAAGUGGGCCAACAAGAGGAGUUCCCCUGCUCCCUACCAGAGUGCUCCUGACCUGCCGGCUUCGUCAAGCUCGGAGAGGUCUGCUAGGCCUAUGACCUUCAAGAUCGCCAAGCGGCCCCGCGUUAAGAGCGUUGGGGAGGCUGAUGUGCGAGCGAGCAAGCUGCGGUCAAGUAGGGUGUUUCUGGUUGAUGAGCUCGACAUGGCCCUUCAUGAACUCUAA